GGGGGAGUGUCCCUACAAAGAGGGAGCAGGGAGGAGAAACGGCAGACAAGGAUAGGGAGAGUGACUGAGAGGAGAGAGAGCGUCUGAGAGAGAGAGAGAGAGGGUCCGCAGGACAGAGUGAUAAAACAGCAGGCAGACGCUGGAGACAUAUUUUUUUUUACUUCCACCACAACUGCUACAACAGAGGAGAUGCUUCUGUGAGGAGAGCAAGUGAUUGUGCAUAGCAAGCAGAAGUGCUAUUCAUUUCUAUAGAUAAAAGCAGGAAUUGAGGAGUUGCUGCAUCUUAGAGUGUCCUGUCAUGGAUGACUCUAGGGAACCUACUGAAUAGAUCUCAGCGCUGCAUCAUGGUUCAGCAAAGAACCCACAAAUACUUGUCAGUCAUGGACAGCAAUUCUACCAGAGAGGUGUUUGUGGGACUGGCCGCAGAAGACGAUGCUGAGGUGUUCGGAGAAGUACCUUCUAACAAAGAUCCCAACUGGUGCAAAACUCCAACUGGGCACAUCAAAAGACCAAUGAACGCUUUUAUGGUCUGGUCCCAGAUUGAGAGACGGAAGAUCAUGGAACAGUGGCCUGACAUGCACAAUGCCGAGAUUUCAAAGCGCCUCGGAAAACGCUGGAAACUACUGCCCGAUUAUGAGAAGAUACCCUUCAUCAAAGAGGCCGAAAGAUUGCGCCUAAAGCACAUGGCUGACUAUCCUGACUACAAGUACCGGCCCAGGAAAAAGAGCAAGUGCUCUACCCCUGUGAAACUUAGCGAGAAGUUGCCUAUGAAAUCCAGCAAGCCCCAUUCAGGAAGAUCUAGUGGGCUCUCCUGCAAAGGGCUAAAGAUCAAACCUGCUUCUACCAAGCAUAACGGCAAUAAACACAAGAGCUACAGCGAGAGCAUGAGUGAUGACGACACGAUGGAUGUAAACUUAGAAAGUCCAGUGACUCUGCAAGACGAUCACAACCCGUCAAGCCACUUUGUUCUUCACCAGCAGGCCUCUGAGGACCAGCAACCAGUUCCUGAGCUCAGAGUGAAAGUGCCCAUCUCCCAAACCAGCAGCAUCCAGAGUCUCUCCUCAGACAGCGAGUGCCAGGCUCCCCCGGAUUCCACGAUGAGCGAGCCACAAGGGUCGACAUCUGCAAGAUCCUCCACACCGACCUCAACCAGCUCCUCCUCUUUGGUGUCAUCAGCCUGUUCAGAUGAGGAACUGGACGAGGAACUCUUGCAUAUCAUCUCGAAUAGUAUGCCCAUGGACUGUUCUGCUCUGGACAAGGAUUUUGAAGCAUUUAAUGCCAACUCAGGAUCCCAUUUUGACUUCCCAGAUUACUGCACUCCAGAGGUGAAUGAAAUGAUUUCUGGGGACUUGCUUGUGCCCAGUAUCUCAGACCUAGUGUUCACCUACUGAAGUUGAGCCCUUUGUAAUGUGAUCAUGACUGCAUAGCUGCCAAUUCGAAAAAUAUUUUGUCCAUAUUGUACUUGGACAAUUCCUUUUUCCAUGUGUUUAUUUUUCUCAAUGAAUCCCGUAAGUGCUAUUGCUUUACUUUCCAAGCAUUUCACAUCGUGUUGGUUUAGCUAACAGACACACAGGGCUUUGCAGAGCUGUUUAACAGUAAGACAUUUAGAUCUUGUUCAACACUUCAGAGGAAGCUUGGUGUAUUUUUUAGAGACAGAGGACUACGUUUUACCAGCUGCGUCGAUAAACGGUUUCAACUAAAAGCUAGUGUCUCCAAGUAUCUGAGCAAAGGGACAAUUCACCCAAAAUUGUUGUCACCAUUUACUCCCCUAUAUGACUAUGACUUUACGAAACACAAAAGAAGAUAUUUUGAAGAAUGUGCCAAUUGUUUUUGUUCAUACAUCCAUAGUCAAUGGAGACCAACACUGGACACCAUUGACUUUCAUUGUGUUUAGAAAAAAAAAACACUGUAACAUUCUUCAAAAUAUCUUAUUUUGUGUUCCACGUAUACAAAAAGGUAAGUAAAUGGUGACAAAUUUCAUUUUUGGCUGAACAAGCCCUUUAAAAACAGCUCAUAAUGAAAACUCUUAAUCAUUAUUAGUUCAAAAACCAUUUCCACCAGACGUUUCAAUGUGCACAAAUAUAAAGGUCCACUGACAGUAUUACUACAUCAAUAUUCUAAAAGACCGGGAUAGAAAUUAUGAAAAGGAAAUGAUGACUGAAACCAUUUAUUAAAACAUGCAGCACUUACAGUAAAGCAUCAGUAACCUUGCGGAAGAAAACACUGCAGACACAUAAUUCAUAUCCUAUCCGUUAAUUAGGUAAUAGCACUUUCAUCACCUUGCCAUUGCCACAGACAUAAAGACACACAUGUGAUUUAAAGGCAGCUCUGCAUCGGCCCUGCGUGCAGGUGUUUGUGUGUGUGUGCGUCAAUGUGUGCCUGAACUGUUUGGACUAUGGACAAAAGGGGGAUAAGGUUAGGGUUUGGGGGUUGGGAUUGGUUCUUUCAGGGAACUGUGCAUCUGUCCAUGCAGGCAGCAGCUUUUAUGCAGGGGUCGGACUCUGUGCGUACCGAGCGUCUGCCGGGGUGGGGAGGGGUAUGGGAGGGGGGGUUCUGCACCGGUUCACUGAAAUGCAUGUCAUGUCUGCAGUCUGGCUACAGCUGCCCCGAUCAGGGCUAGAAAUCUGUGUCUGCCAGCUGGCCCCCAUUGACUCUCUCAGGGAUCGUUUGUCUAGGUCCUAGUGCCUCCCGUAGGUAAUUCAUCUGUGAUGAUCUGUGUGUGCUUGCGAGCGUCUUUUUCUCUCCCGGAGAAACCAUCAGAAGCCAACCGAAGUGACAGAAUGCCCCGAUUUCUCAAAACAGGAUCCGUCCUCUUUUCUUUCACCCAAAUGCACUUACUAAUUUCAGCUCAGUUGGUGACCGGGAGACCGGCAUUAUUUACCUCCCACCAAUAGUUGUCAGAGAAAGGACAACAAACCCUGCAGUUCGUAUCUUACAUAAACCGUUAAUCCUCGUCGAUUCCCGACGUCCUGUGAAGAUGCAGCAGCAUGCUGUGCAAAGUGAAGGAACACAAAAGGAAAGGGACCUGGAUGUGUGUUUGCUCUUGGUUUAACCUCACUGUUUGGACUGCAUAAUGACUACUUUUGUCACACUGACCACAGAGGCAUAAACAGCCUCCAUCUUGAUUUGUUUCCUUAUUGUAGGAAAGAGUUGACUGAACUAGUUCUGUACAACCAGUAUUUUUUCUAGAACAUGAUAGUUUGCAAAAAUCUUAGUUUUAUCAAGUGGAUAUUAGAUCGAUGCCACAUUCGGUGGUCAAACUAUACAUAUAAUUCAGGUACUAAAAAGGGAAAUGGAGUUAAACACAAGAGGACCGAUAGGAAAGAUGGGCACGACUUUGAUACGAUGCCUUCAUUCAUAAAACACAAACAUGAGAGGAUUUUCAAUGUGUAAAAAACAUUACGUCAACAUAUAUGUAUAGAGCAGAAAGAUUUAGUGCUUUAAAAUCGAAACGUUGGCAUUUUAAAUGCUCAAAAUUGUAGAAACUGUAGUGAUAACGCAAGCUACUAGAAACCAGUUUCUUUACAUGUGAGGCUGGAUGGAAUUACUUUUAAAAUACAAAAAUAUCAUUUGUAUUACGAAAAAACAAAAAAACAAACUCAAGUUUGCAUGUGUCAUAAAUAAGGAUUUGUGAAUAGGUCAAACAAAAGGUUAAGGCCUUCAAUCAUCAGGGAAGUUAUUUCAGGAAAGCGAUAUAUUCACUAUUUUAGCGGUUUCUGCACUACUGAAAUUGUGAAAUGGCUUACCACACCUGAAGUUAUCACACAGGAACGAGUCUUUGCAUUAAGACGUAUUCCAAUCAAAUCUGUCUCCAUACACUCUUGAACAAUAUCAGGUCAUACACUGAACCAAUACCGUACCAAACACCAGCAGUCAAUUAAACGGACUCAGGACUAAAAACAUCAGCCCAAUGUGGAUCUGCUUUGAUUCAGCCAUGCACUCUGUUUGGCCAUUGUAUGUCAUUGUUGAUGAUCUGCAAAAUAACUGUAUGUAGCAUCAAAGGUCAAUCUGCAAAGUUGUACCUUUUUAAAUAUUAAAUAUUUUAAAAUUCCACAAUACUUCUGGGUGCAUUUUUUUUUUUGGCUGUAAAUAACAUCAUUUAAAUGUGUCCUAAAAAUGGAUUCAUUGCCAGUAUAUUUGAUCAUUUAGUAAAUGCUUUAUUUUGAUUUCAUAGACGGUGUCAUUUAUUUAUUCACCAAGAGCACCAGAAAAUAGGAACGACACAUCACAGAUGGCCUCAGGCAAAUUAGUGUCAAAGUGAUAAAUGCAGAAAGCUGUAUAUAACUGAAGCAAUGUAAAAAUACCCAUCUGGUCGGCACCUCCUACUUCUUGGCUGGGAUUAAUGAAGAGUAUUCUGGUGCGAUAGAAAACCAAGGGCAAUGCUAAUUUCACACAGGCCAGACUCAGCUUUGCUAAACCUGUCAUAUGCGGAGCAUACGCUUCCUCAUUUCCAUGUCUGUAAAAAAAAAAAACCUGCUGCCAUAAUCAGUGAUUGCCACCAAUGGAGUCUUAUUACAAAACAUGGGCCCAGUCUUCCCUUUCAGGCUGAUCUAUGCUGAUCUAACACAGUGGUUUGUACUCCAACAAACGCAACAAAACCAAGCUCAGAGUCAUAACCCUGAUUUUAGGCUCAGAGCUAAUUUAUAAUCUCAGAAUGGUGCCGUUUCAGCUAUUACUGUUACUGUAGGUGAGAAAUCAUAUGUCGGAUCCCCUAUGAUCAUCUUGGAAUGUGACAAUGAUAUGACAUUCUUGUGAAAAAUUAAACAUCAAGAGUCAUCAGCUAAAGCACUCACCAGAAUAAAAAGAUGACCAAACCAUGA